UGCCAGGUUCAGGAGUGAACGAGUCAUUCAGCUGAAAUCUGAUUUCCGAAAAUCUCCAAGAAGAGAAGAAUUUACCAAACAUGAGACGACCAGAAGAUAUUCGGGGAGUGAACAGUCCAAACAGCUCGGCCUACUCCGCCACUCUUAGGAAACUCCUGUUGUAUUCCUUUCUUCUCUUCACGAUACCCAUCUUCCUCUACUUUUGCCUGAAGCACACGAUUCUUGAAGGUAUGUUCCAAGUAGCUGAACAUAGUGCCACCCUGUACGGGGCCUUUGCAGCAAUAGCAGCAGUCCAUGUGAUUCUUGGUCUCUUUGUGUACAGUGCAUUCAUGGAGGAGGAAAGAGCAAGACCUGUGAAAACUGAUUAGUUUUAUUUUUAAGUCUUUUCUAAAAAAAAAUAAUGACACUAAAUAUACUACAAAGUCAUCUAUCAUCAACAAGGAUACCAUGUGACUGUCUUCGUGACCAUCUGAGGAAUAUUUUUUAAUUUUUUAUUAAACUUUGCGAAGAUAUGUUCUUUACAUGAGAUAAAGUGUGUGGGGGACAUUUAGAAAUGGAUGACAUAAAGACACUGUAUAUAACUGCUGGAAGGCAAUUGAGAUUCAUGAACUUCAGUGUUACCCCCAGUUACUGCUCUUUUAGUCACAGCAAAAACAGCAUCUAUUUCCGUUUUGACCAACUUGAUUUAUUCUACUCUUAAUUGUUGGACAGCAAGGAAACGAGAGAGGAUUGUUUUUCUUCCUUGUUUUGAAUUAAUAUAUUUAUAAUUAAAAAAACAAGUGAUUCUGGUUGAGUAAUCCAAGUGCUUAAAGGGAAAAACCAACCUUAAAACUAAACUACUCUAAAAGAAAGGGGAGAUAUUAGAGAAGUAGACCUGUAACAAAAUUGGACAAAAAUUUAGAAAGUUAUGAAUUUUGGAAAGUGUGUAGAUACCUGUGGACACUUCAACAGAAUCGGCAGAGUCAAUGUGACGAAGGUGCCAGACAACUUUCCCAUUUAUUCCAGCAUACAAACUGACUAAAAUGUCGAUUUUUCAAAAUGUAUGACGCUGGAGAGUUUUUCUUUUAAGGAACCUUUGAUAAUAUGCUACCCACAAUAUGCCCAAAAGGAGAAGGCGAUUAGCAGAAAAACAGAAUGCAUAGGUAUUUUGUAUACAUGCCAAAUGGGAGAAUUGUCUAUGAGUAUGUCACUAUUUCAGUCACCGUUUUGCCAAUUUGUGUAAUUCAAACCCUCGCCAUUCUGUUUCUCUUAUUUUUCUGCUUAAAAAUGAAAAUGAAAAUGAAAUUAUUACAAAAGUUGGACUGCCCCAAGUGCCCUUUAAUGUGACUUUGUCUUUUCAGUGAAUUUGAAAAUAAUGUCUCCCUUUUGUGCAAUAUGGUAGUCUCAAGUUCUUAAAUUCAUGUAAUUUACUUAAUACUCCUCUCAGUCUCUGGAUUCUUGUAUGUUUGUUAAGUUGAUUUUUUUGUUUGUUAAUGAUUUAAGAGGGAAAAGAUGGAGUGAUAAGGUAAUCUUAUAUUGAUGGAGAGUGGGUCAUCAUGAUUUCUUUUUUCCUAUAUACAUGUAGUAUGGCCCAAGUAUUCUUUAGUACUGGUAAUACACAUGCAGCCAUCUUUUGUCAAAUAUUUGGGCACAAUUUCUCUUUAAUGACGA